CCCAAACUUCCGGUUCGUUAGCCGGUUCCGGACCCCACCUCUCACUUCCGGUCGCCUUGGGUUCCUCUGCGGUCGGUUCCAGCAUCCGCUGUUGUCGGUUCCGCUGUGUUCCAGACAAGUCACCACUGUACGUUAGGUGGAAGAAUUUAUCCAGACAGCCGUUCCUGACCGUAGUUUCACCACCAUAAAGGUAUCUUUUUCAGAACGAAAACUGCAUUAUCAUAUGUUUCAAGGAUGGCUCUUCCUAUCAUUGUAAAAUGGGGUGGACAGGAAUAUUCAGUGACCACACUUUCGGAAGAUGAUACUGUGCUGGAUCUCAAACAGUUUCUCAAGACCCUUACAGGAGUGCUACCAGAACGCCAGAAGUUACUUGGGCUCAAAGUUAAAGGCAAACCUGCAGAAAAUGAUGUUAAGCUUGGAGCUCUCAAACUGAAACCAAAUACUAAAAUCAUGAUGAUGGGAACUCGUGAGGAGAGCUUGGAAGAUGUCUUAGGUCCACCUCCUGACAAUGAUGAUGUUGUUAACGACUUUGAUAUUGAAGAUGAAGUAGUUGAAGUAGAAAAUAGGGAGGAAAACCUACUGAAAAUUUCCCGCAGAGUAAAAGAGUACAAAGUGGAAAUUUUGAAUCCUCCCAGGGAAGGGAAAAAACUUUUGGUACUAGAUGUUGAUUAUACAUUAUUUGACCAUAGGUCUUGUGCAGAGACUGGGGUAGAAUUAAUGCGGCCAUAUCUUCAUGAAUUCCUAACAUCUGCAUAUGAGGAUUAUGACAUUGUUAUUUGGUCUGCAACAAAUAUGAAGUGGAUUGAAGCUAAAAUGAAAGAGCUGGGAGUGAGUACAAAUGCAAAUUACAAGAUUACGUUCAUGUUGGACAGUGCUGCUAUGAUAACAGUGCAUACUCCAAGGAGAGGAUUAAUAGAUGUAAAGCCUCUUGGUGUUAUAUGGGGAAAGUUUUCGGAGUUUUACAGCAAGAAAAACACCAUCAUGUUUGAUGACAUAGGAAGAAAUUUUCUAAUGAACCCACAGAAUGGACUAAAGAUAAGACCUUUUAUGAAAGCACACCUAAAUCGAGAUAAAGACAAAGAACUUUUAAAAUUAACCCAGUACCUCAAGGAAAUAGCAAAACUAGAUGAUUUUUUGGACCUGAAUCACAAAUAUUGGGAAAGGUAUCUCUCAAAGAAGCAAGGACAGUAGUUACAAGCUGUGCUGGCAGUUACUGAAGAUACUUGACAUCCAGGAGCAGCUUCUCGCUUUUGUGCUAGAGAUCAUCAUGAUAGUGCUGGACACUGCAGCACAUACCGACUGCUUAUCCUUGGUCUUCCAGUUUUUUUGUAAAUUUAAUUUUAUAUUUUUUGAAGAUCAUAGCAAUAUGCCAAAAAAGAAGAAAAAAGCUCCCCCCCCCCAUAUGAAUAUACUAUAACUCUUAAAAAAUAUUUUCUCCAGCAUAGAGUAGUGAGUCCCCCCCACCUCACCCCACCCACCCCCCACACACAAAGUGGCAGAAAUGUAUACUUAACAAUGUCAUUUUGUGACUUUGGAAACAAGUAUGUGUUGUGUUUUUGUCUCAGUGUGUUGUCUAAGCCCAAACCCAUCUUGAAACUACUGUUUUUCUCGUUAAAACCAAAAAAAGAAAUGGUUUUUAGUAAGGAACCUAAUUUGGUUUGCUUAAAAUCAUCAAGAUUAUUUUUUAUUCCUUUGUCAUAAACACAGUUUCUCUUCUUACUCCACUACUUACAUUUCUGAAUUCUGACCUGUCUCAGUUUGGUCUGUAUGUGUGUCAGUGUUCUUUGAGUAAAACUGGAAAACGUCUGCUGUGAUACAGAUAUGUCAUAAUAUGACAAAUAGUAAACAUAAGACUGAGGAAUGAAAGUACAGAACUAGAGUGUGUUUCUUUGUGGUGGCCAAGUAGAAGCACUCCUGCCUCAAACCAUUGUCUUAAAAGCAGUAUAUUUUUAAAUGGGAUGUAUCACUGGUUCAGCCCUGAAAAGCAUGAACAAAAAGUUUUUGUUCUGUUCCAGCUCUGUCUUGUAGAAGUGCAGACACUGUUUCAGUGAAAAUACCUAGCCAUAAGAUGAAAAAAAAUUUAUUUGCAAUGCUUGUGCCUGCAGAUGUAAUGUGACCACUGUUUUGUGUUGACAGUAUUGCUUUAUACAGUUCUUCUACUUGAAAGGAAUCUGAUUCUUUCAAAUAAACAUGGUAUAUAUUGUUCUUAUGGGGGACUAUUUCAGUGGUGUAAAUAAUAAAUCUCUUUUCUUAAGA